AUGGGUAAACAAGGUAUACAAAGUACCUUGAAGAAAGUGGACACAGAACCUGAGAUCCCAGACAUGGACAAGAUAUGGGACACCUUAUAUUUGGGCGAAAUGAGCGGCGCGCUGGACGAAAAGCAGAUACUCUGGUAUAACAUUAAGACAAUCGUAACUGUGAUGGAAGAGCCCAUAGACAACCGGUUCCACUGCGAGGGCGUCGCCUAUCACUGGAUCAAAGCCGAAGAUUAUGAAGAAGAGGAUCUAUUGACCCACUUUCACGAGGCCUACGAUAUCAUCGACGCGGCGGUGACGGCCAAGACGGGGGUUUUGGUGCACUGCAGGGCUGGCAUAUCGCGGUCGGCGACGAUUGUCAUCGCAUACCUGAUGCGAAAGCUCCAGAAGCCGUACAAAGAGGUUCGAGCGUUGGUUAGAUCGCGCCGGGACUGCAUUGAGCCCAACGACGGGUUUGUCGAUCAGUUACUGCUGUUUGAGUCGAUGGCCUACCGGUUGGACGCUAACAAUUGCCACUUCAGACAAUAUCUGCUGCAAACACUGAUGAUGUCACCCGAUGCCCGGCUGAUGCUAUACUACGAGCGUAUGUCUGUGGCCGAGAAGUUGACCCCAGACUUGGAUUAUGGCCCGCAGUAUGUGUGCACCGGUUGUGACGAAGGGCUGUUCAAUGAGAUACAUGUGCUUAAGAAUGACGGCUCAGAUAUGUAUAAAAAUAUGAAGGUUUGCGGCCGAGUAUUCAUUGAACCCCAGCGAUGGAUGGGUUGGACUAAAGUGACCGAAACGGUCAUUAGAUGCCAGACGUGUGGCCAACUGGUGGGACGGGUGGGCCCGACAUAUCCCGUGAUUGACUGCCAAUGCGGACACCAUAUGGAUGUGGACUCACCUCUUAAGGUGGAGAUGACGGCAAACAUGUUUAAAAAAAUCUGA